CUUUUAAAAGCUGUAGAUGUGUUAUCUAAUGAAGAAUUUCAAAUUCUAUUUGAUAGUUUAGAGCAUGAAAUUACAAAAGCCUUAGAAUCCUUUCAAAAAUACUUUUAUCAUGUGAUUCUCCAAAAACCUUGGAUCUCUCCACCUUCUGAUUUGGAAUUGCGAAAUUGCUCAGGAUUUGGAAGAUGA